GUUUCACCAGACAGGUUGAGUGAUGAGGACUUAACCCCCGUUUUUCCUAAAGCCCCAUCUUGGGUCCUCUCCACAUCUGCUCCUCCAGUUCGAUUUGAGGACACUUCUGUGAGGUCAGGACGAGGGGCACCUAACAGAAGCAGGUUGCAAGGCCCGUCGCAGGCCCUGCAGGUGACUUGGGCCAUAGAAAAAGCGUGAGAACCACAGCUCCAUGGCAGGUCAUCCAUUCCGGCCCAUCCUGAUGGACAUCUUACCUUAUCUUUUAUGCUCCAGGCCCCUGGGGCUCCCCAUGCCCAGGCCUGGCUCCUGGUAGACAUUGAAACUACUAUUGAACAAAUUACCAUUCCCUUUUGUAAAGGCCUGACACCUCUAAUCUCUAACUUGGCCGAGUGAGAAGGGACUGGACAAUAAGAGGCUUCACCCUGAACUGCACUCAGCAGGGAUGCGCUGAAGCUGCCGGAAGUGAGGGUGGGAGCCAGCCCCGGACUGAGCUGCCACUCCCAGGAAGGAAUCAGAGCUCAGCUCUCCCCUUGGCUGGUGUCCCCUUACCAGCACUUCUGUCACCUUUGUUUUUCUUUUUUAAUGUCACGGUGAGCUCUGAUUUCAGCUGCUCUUACUGUUCCCCGAAGAUUUGGAGUUGCUCUGCGGGUAUCACAAAAACUGAAAUCCAAUCCGGAAUCUUCGCUGAGCUUUGGGGAAGUGGAACCAUGGGUGUGUUGUCAUUUUCAGCUGUCCUUGGAGUAGCGCCAAAGCCCCAGGAGAUACCAGACGUCUUCGGGCUCGCCCGAUUGGCUGCUGGGAUUGGCUGUUACACAAACCAGCCAUUUGCCGGGUGCUGGGGACCUUCCUGAGCUCCAGUUGGUGGGAGACCUUCCAGUGUGCGAGUGGCUCUGAACUGGGACAGAAAGAGAGAUGUGAACCACACUGGCCUGACAAAGCACCCUCCUCCCGCCCUUUGUCUCCCACUCGCUUCCUUCCUUUGUCACCGGCCCUGCCCCAGGGCUGUCCCACCCGGUCACAUUCACUCACUCACGGAAGAGCAGCCCCAAGAGAGGCGCUGGGCUCCUGUCCGCAAGGAAUCUAAUCCAGGGACCAGACGCUGUCUGAGGCACAAAGGAGUCCUGUCCUGCGGGUUGAAAGCAGGAAGGGGCAUCUGGACAGGGACUUGGUCUCGUUCAGGGAACCGUUUCUAGGAGGUGGAUUCUUUGUUGCCGCGACGUCGGGCAGAGUGCCCGGUUUAUGGUCUAUCGUUUUCUUUCCUGAGGAGAAUCCCGGAAUAUCGCACACACGACAGACAGAGGCAGUGGGUAAAGUAGCGUUUGGUGGCACGCUCCUCCCAGCUAUGGAGCCCUCACCACUGCACCUUCCUAUCCCCCACGGCUGACUGCGCUGAACACAGGCUUCUCACACGGACGUACGAGGUGGACCACGCACAGUCAUGGAAGUGAGAACUAGCACUGGCGUAAGCCUUGCAAAGUGUGUUUUCUGUAGAAAUAGUAGAGACAGAAAGGAAGGCUCUCAUCCAAAACUGGCCGGGUAGCGCAGUUGGUUAGAGCAUCACCCCGAUGCACCAAGGCUGCGGGUGCGAUCCCCAGUUGGUACGGAGAGGUAUCAACAAUGAAUGCAUCAGUCUUCGGCAAGCAGAGCCCCUGUCCAUGGGCACCUUGGGCUCAUUUCGCUUUCCUGCCCCGCUGACCAGAAUAUGCCCCGUGCCCUGGGCACACUGGUACAGGGAGAAGCCGGCAUUGCUGUCCCUGGGAGCAGGAGUCCCUCGGGUCCAGGUGGCCGGCAAGAAGGACCACCCCGCCCUGCUCUCCCUGGAAGAGAGUGACCUGGAAGAGCAGUUUGUGAAAGGACACGGUCCGGGGGGCCAGGCAACCAACAAGACCAGCAACUGCGUGGUGCUGAAGCACGUGCCCUCGGGCCUGGUCGUCAAGUGCCAUCAGACGAGGUCCCUCGAUCAGAACAGGAAGCUGGCUCGGAAAAUCCUGCAAGAGAAAGUGGACGUUUUCUACAACGAGGAAAACAGUGUCGCUUACAGAGAAAGACGCGAAGCAGAGAAGAAAAAGCAAGAACGGAAAAAGAGAGCAAAGCAGACCCUGGAAAAGAAGAGGCUGCUGAAGGAACUCUGGGAGGCGAGUAAGAGCUCCACGGCGGGAACAGCGGGUUCGGAGUGAGGAGCCGCCGGAGGCUUUCGAGGAAGAAGGCGGGGUCCCUCACCCGCAUGGCUACAGGGCUCCAAAAGCAGUAUUUGCGCGGUUUAAAAAGCCUCGAAUUGUUUUACAUGGCGGAUUAAACUGUGGAUAGAGAUGCACUUAAAAUAAACCUGAGAGAAACGCAGGCGGUCCCUGCUGGAGGACAGCGGCUUCUUGGGGGGGUUGGGGCGGAGGCGGGUCGUCGUCGUGAGAAGCAGCUCCGAGGGGCUGCAGGUGGCAGGCAGUUUGAUUUCGGGACCUGGGCCGUAUCAAGAAGGGUGUCGCCUUAUGUCUUUAUGCUGUACAUUUGGGUACCUUAUUAUCAAAGGUUAGGGGGGGAAAAGGAGGACUAUUUUUUAAAAGUAUAACUGUUAUGCCCUAACCAGUUUGGCUCAGUGGAUAGAGCGUCGGCCUGUGGACUCAAGGGUCCCGGGUACGAUUCCGGUCA